AUGCGUGAUAAUCAGGUUGUUGGUCGACGCCGGGCCGGCGGCAUGCUCAAGAACGUGGCCGUCGUCGCCGUCGUCCUCUGGCUAUGCACUCUCCUCUACAUCUACCUCCAGCUCUUCGUCUCCCCGUCGCCAGGUUCUUAGUAAGAACUUCGAGAAAACGAGUAGAGUGUGAAAAAAUCGAAGAAAGGAAGAUGGAAAACACCUUGAUUUUCAUGUUUUUUUUCAAACUGAAAACCUUGAUUGAAUGAAAAUGAAUACCUAGUAAAACUUUUACUCAAUUAUGUCAUUACGUAGGUUAAAAAUUUUUUUCGUUUUGCUCAGAAUAGAGUGAUUCAUUCCAAAUUAUUACUUUAUUAACAGUAUGAGACGAAAAUUAAUUGAUUUUACUUGAAUAUUGAAAAAGAUUUAAUAAUCGUCUAUGAAUUGGGUUAGUUGGUUUGGAAUCACAGAACUCCAAAAUUUCGUGUACAAUUUUCAAAAUUUUGCAAAAAGCCUCCCGAUUUCAACCUUCAAGAAAACGAGUAAUUUAAGAAACGGCUCUGUCCAUUUUUUAAAAGAAAAAUGCAAAAAGUUUUGCGAAUUUUUGAAAAUAUUAUAACCGAUGCAGAAAUAAACGAACUUGAAAAAGCCCUAUUACUAUACUUUUCUCGACAAAUCUCUUGCACAUCCUCCAUUUCUAAUAUUCGUGGCGGAUGAGAUAUCAACAAAUUAAAUAUCAGUUUUGAUGAGACACAUAAAUAAAAAAUGCAGAAAUAAAUGACUUCCGUACAAGUCGCCCCGAAAAAUUCAUUUAAAUUCGGACCAAGAGUAUCUUAUCUGAAGGGGUCAGCGAGGAGAUGAUGAACAGCUGGAGAGAGGCGAUGGACACGCUGAACACGUUGCGCAAGCAGAACGAACAGCUCCGCCAGCUCGUGCAGGACGAACGUCGCGAAAGGAACCUCCAACACCAGCAGAUGUAUCCUUUCUUUCUUGGAGUUUCAUCGUUCUUUUAGAUUGACCAGCCAUCAAGAAGUUACGAAACCGACGGAGAAGAAAGAAGCUACAAAAAUCGCGGUGAUCAAGCCGGUGUUCAACAGAAACUUGUCCAGUGCUAGACGCCUUCUGGACGACAGAAUACGAGAGGUUCGGAUCCUCACGAUAGAAAAUCACCGACCUAUUUCUAGAUGUUCUACUACCUUCAUGCUCAAAAGUCUACCAUCAGCGAUGAAAUAACAGCGGCCCACGUCGAAGAGCAGAUGAUCUCCUUGAUGGGAGCUUCUGAACGGCUUGACGACGCCGACCAGUUUGCAGAUACACGAUCCGAAACCUUGGCCAAAAUCGCAUCUGACAUUCAAAAAUCAAUCGAAAAUCUCCAAAAUCCAUCUGUCUGCAAAAAUGCCAGGUUUUUAUUUUCUUUCUUGCCAGUAGCUCAUUUUUUCAAGUCUUUCCCAAUAUUUCACUUCAUUUCAUAUUCAAUAAUUACAGAGCCCUUCUAUGCAACCUGGACAAGGAAUGUGGAUUCGGCUGCCAGCUUCACCAUGUCUCCUAUUGUUUCAUAAUGGCCUUUGCUACCUCCAGAACUUUGGUUCUCCGACGUGAUGGGACCACUUGGAGGUUUUGAACUCACUUCUUCGCUUAGAACCAUAAACUUGCAGAUAUUCUACAAACGGCUGGUCAGCUGUUUUCAUGCCUCUUUCCAAUUGCACUUAUGAGGAGAUUAUAGCUGUCGGUCUUUUUUCAGAGAUUAAUAUUCAUUCAAUGAGUUAAGAAUGAACAAAGUGCCACAUUCACUGAGCAGUCAGAGAGUCGUAUCGUCACUUUGGGCAUUGUCGACGGCCUUUCGAACAAGUUGGACUUUCCGAUUGGAGUAAAUAGAUAAAAAGACUUUCAGGCCUCUUUUUCUACCGCUAGCUUUUCCUUCAACUCUUUCGAAAGAACUGACGUCAUUGCACUCUAAUCCGCCAGUGUUCUUUGUUGGCCAAGUAGGGAACAUGAAUCGAGGCUGUCCAUGAUGUAAUAAAUUAUUCCAGUUCCUCGCAUACUUGAUGCGGACUAACGAGCCCACCGAAGAGAAGCUCAGAAGCGUCUAUCGGGCUAUUCCCUUUGAUAAAGGUUCUACGCGGAAGGAUUCUUUUUUUCAAAAAACAAAACUUUAGGACCGAUUGUGGGCUUGCAAGUGCGACGAACCGACAAGAUUGGUACUGAAGCAGCGUUUCACAAGGUCGAAGAGUACAUGAAAUGGACGGAGUUUUGGUUCCGAGUCCAAGAAAGGAGACUUUCAGCCAACCUAACUCGUCGGAUUUUUGUCGCCACGGAUGAUCCAACUGUUGUUCCCGAAGCCAAGAAGCUGUCAGUUCACUUUCUACAAGUCUUAUCCUUUGUGACAAUCUAGGUACCCACAGUACGAGGUCUACGGCAGCACAGAUAUCGCCAAGACGGCGCAGUUGUCCCAUCGCUACACGGACGCUUCUCUCAUCGGCGUCAUCUCCGACAUUUUCGUCCUCAGCAAAAUGGACUACCUUGUCUGCACGUUCUCCAGUCAGGUUGGAGUUUCGUCAUUUUUCAGAAAAAAAGGAAAUGAUAGAAAAAAUAAAUUUCUCCCAACUUCUUCUCUUUUCUUUCAGUCGAAAAGACGGGUGGAAACAUUUCCUAAAUUUUUUUUUAUUUGCGUCUCUCCAAGUAUUGCAGACUUAUGAAAAAAAAAAUCAUUUCACUUUUUCAUCGCAUCAAUAUUUUUUGAGUUUUUUUUUUUAGGUGUUUUUCUUAUCACUUCUUGAAGAUAGAAUAAAUCUUAUCGAAUAUUGCAGGUGUGCCGGAUGGGUUACGAGCUGAGGCAAGCCGCGGGAAAAGACGACGGAACAAAGUUCCAUUCCCUGGACGACAUUUACUAUUUCGGCGGCCAACAUCGUGGGUCAAAAGAUCGUUCCAAGAGUACCACAGCUAUUGCAGCGCAUGAGCAAGUGGCCGUCGAAGCCCAUAAACCGGAAAGAAGAGGUGAAAUCGAACUGAAAGUUGGAGACAGGAUAGGCAUAGCCGGGAACCAUUGGGACGGAUUCUCCAAAGGCCAGAAUAGACGGACUGGCGCCGAUGGGCUCUAUCCUUCUUACAAAGUUUGAACUUCAGAUGCUCUUCGAAACAAUUAAUCACACUUUCAGGUGGUCGAGUUUUGGCGGACGUUGGAUUACAAAGCACUCAGUCUCCCCUAGGCAUUUUCCAAUGUUCAUACUAGCCUUUAUUGAAUUCUUCUUCUAUAUAUCUUCAAACACGGGUCCUACACGCAUUGAAAUGGAAGAAAAACGGUUACUUGAUUAGAAUUUGUGAUUGGCUUUUUGCUUUGCCUUGUUGUUAUUUUGUUGGCGAUAAAGUUAUUCGAUGCAUAAGGCGUCGCUUAUUAAGCAAAUAAAUCAAAAGACGCACGGAUGAUGGAAGUGGCAGAUAAUCGAGGCGAAACGAGUCGUUGUGCCAAGAGAAGUGGCGAUAAAAAGGCGGCUGCGAAGACGUCGCACCAGAGAUGACGUCUUCGCUCCUGUUGGUCCUCCUCUUCGUCCACCUUGGCUUCUGUCAGCAGCCGGAGACGUUGCACGACGGCGAGGCCGACUUCCGUUGGAACCGAUGGGGUACUGUAACUUUAUAUGUUGAUUCAAAUCUUCAAGUGAUUUUAUUUCGCUUUCCAAGUCAAUUUGCUCAGAGACACUUCCGAUGCAAUUUCCCAGUCUUUUCUCAAUAGUAACCGCAAAACAUUGACAUAAGCCGAUUCAAACAACAGUCUCUUACAUUAACAUUUACGUUCGAAAUCAAAAAUACACCUGCCAACAACUCUUAAAGCGUUUGAUUUUAAGAAAAAAACGCCAUCAAGGCUGUUAAAAAAAAGUUUGUGUAUAAGAAAUGGGCGGAACUGAAAUUUUAAGCUGCGGAAUACUAGAGAUUUCCUCAGUUCAACAGUAAGCACUAUUUUUCGAUUGUAAAGGUGAAAUUUACAUUUACGGACUUUUUCUUUUCAGAUAGUUAGCGGGUGGAAACAGAUUAUUGGACUGUGAAAAAUUCAAACAAAAAUCAGAGUAUAUUUUUGAGCAAUCAUAUUGGAAAACGCGGAACGGAAUACCAAAACUUUUUCUUAGCGGAAUGCGUAUAUAACUCCGCCUAAUUCUGGUAUGUGCAUUUGAAUUAUGCUGCGUAUUCUCGUUCAAAGACCAUUUUUUAUUCAGAAUUUGGAAAAUCUCUUUUCGCCAAUAUAUUUACUUUUCAUCAAACAUAUUUGAAAACAAAAAGAAAAAUUAAUUUUCUUUUUCUCUGUUUUCAUUUUAAUUGCAGAAGAAAGAACUCUGGAUUGCGUGACGAGCGGCAAGAAAGACGAAUGCGUUCUCCUGGCGCCAAACUCUCAAAAUCCGCCCAAUCCAACAACUUUCAAGUGAGAAAAACACCAAUUCCAUUCAAAUUCAAAUAUUGCAGAUGUCGACGGGAGCCGAUGCCACACGAAUCUUACAACACCUUGGCUGCCAACUCGACGACUCGUCUUGCUUGUCCGAUCCACUGUCCCGUCGAAUUCGACCUCUCUGUAAGCUUUUUCGAUGAGAUAUUUCAUGAAAUAUGGACGUCUGCCAAAAAUCUCUCAAGAGUGACUGAAGUCACCCAAAAAGGAUUAAAAAUUUUCAAAUCAAAGUAGAAAAACUUAAUCGCAAGCGCGUGAAAAUUAUUUUUUUAUUCGAAAAAAAUGAAAAUUUUCAGUUGAAACUUUGCCUUUUGGCUCCUAUGGAAGCUUGAAAAAAAAAAUGAAAGUUUCAGGUCUUGCAAAAGCGCCCCUACGUGAAUAAAAACUGCCAAAAGUACUACACCUACGGCAAGUAUCGUGACGUCAAAGAGAACCAGUGGUAUCUCUGCACCUAUAAGACUUCGUUGCACAAGAAGUUCAGGUACAUCUGGAUGACGGAGCCGUGUGUAGCCGCAAUCACGACGCAUUGUCGGUUCAACGACGUCAAGUCGGCGGCGGCCAAGCUCCAGGCUCCGCCUCAGACCAAGCCGACUGAGAACCGCAAGGCCGCAGCUCGCUCCUAA